GACCCACCCAUUACAUUUUUGGCGCACCUUUCACCAUGUGAGUCGUGAUAAAAUCUCUUUUAUCAAGAGAAAGAAAUUAAAUGGAGUCUCUAUCAAACUCAUCAGUGAUUGUGCCCCACGGCUGGCAAAGAUUGGUGGAGAAGGGGCGUGUCUUUUACAUCAGUCCUGACAAUAGAGCUCUCCGCUCUCGUGAAGAGGUUCUUAAUUAUUUGACGUCAGCUGGUACCUGUAAGUGUGGCCUUAGAUGUCCUUUCAUGUUAGACGAUGUCUUUAACUUUGACCCUAGCAUUAUCGGCCUUCCUGACAACAUUCCCUUCACUUCUAACUCGCUGUGUUCCGUGAAGCCACACCUCACUCUUCAUAAAGUGAAGAGACGUCCUCCGACACAAAAAACUCAAUCUAAACCCAAACCAUUCUCCUCCAGUAAAUCAAUUAAAAAACCACCUGUCCUUUCCCCUCCUUUCUCUCUCCCUCCUAUUCCUCCUCGUUCUACUAAUAAAGUAUCAAAACCGACUGACCCAAAGACCACACCAAUCUCUAAUCUAGUUGGUCCUAGUUCUCGGGGCCCCUCUCCAGCUGGUAGUGUCGUCCACACUAAUGUCUCAUACCCUGUCUUGAACCUUCACGCUUUGGUUAGUCACAUCACAACAGCAACUUCAACUAAAAGCAACACUACCACUUCUACUAGCAUAUCACUCCCUUGGCUAAUGAACGCCAUUCAGAAGCAACGCUCAGUGUCUCCGUCAUCAGUCCCCACCCCCUCCUCCUCCUCCUCUCCUGGUGCUUCUAACUCUCUCUCUCAGAUCCUUCUUGUCUCUUCUCCUACUCCUAAACUUUCAGUUCCUCUUGUAACUUCUUCUCCUAAUUCUAUGCCGUCUCUCUCUAAAAAGAAGCUACUUCCCAAGAAACCUGCCCUAUCUAGCGUUGAAGGAUUCUCUCCACCAGUUUCCCAUACAAGUACAUCAACUGGGAACAUCCUGUCUGAUGAUGCUGGUGCUAAUUCUUUGCAAGAAAUGAGCAGUAGCCAGUCACUCUCAAGCUCUUUGUCUUCAUCUCUCCCAAUUGAAAUGAUCAAUGAGAGUUUGAAGAAUUGUGAUAGUAACAGUGUGGAAGGGAUGGAUCUUACUGGAGGAGAUAUGUCUGACAGGGAAGGUCCCUUUACAGCUGAGAAAGAUGAUGUUAUUGAUAAGAAUGCUGGCUCUGAUUUGGAAGGAGGAGCUUAUCUUCAAAAGGUGGAGAAGGUGGCAAACGAGUUCUUUCGUUCUCAGGAGAACAUGAACAACAACAGCACGAGUGAGGAACAUGAACCAGUUCCUUUCUGUAGCUCACUAGUAAUGACUCACAACCCCCAGGAACCCACUGCCCCUCCUACUCUAAGUGUAGAGAACCCAAAUGACCUGUCAGAGUCACAAUUUGGGAUCUUACCUUUGGACGAACAGAAUAAGCUAACUGAGGACUCAACUAGUGCAGUGGAGGAAAGGGACAAUGAAGAGGAGACUGUUCCUCCAGUCAGUGAAGGCUAUUCCGCUCAGGAGUCUUUUGUAAGGAAUGAUGAUGAGUUGUCAAGCAAUAUCAAUGUAAGAAAUGAAGGUCAGCCAUUAAUUGAUUUGCAACGAGAAGAAGGAAAGGAGAAUGAACAAGAGAAUCCUGAGCUAGCUAAUGAAGAACCAACUAAUGAACAAAAUGAAUUACCACCAACCCGACAGGAGGAGGACAUAGGGGAAGGAAUAAAGCAACCAGAACUGACAGAACAAGAGAAUAUAACAACUGAUGCAAGGUCAGCAGAGGAUAAAGGAACUAGAGAAGAAAUGGAAGAGGAGAUAUCCCAACGGCAAGUUAUGAUGAACACUGACAAUGAAGAGAAGGGACAGGCCUCUAGCAGCAAUGUGUGUAAGGGUUUAGUCCACACACUAGGACAUGAUGAGAGCAAAGGGCAAAGGGAGAGGGUAAAAGAUGAGGAGGAGGAAGGAAAGAAAGAAGAUACUGAGUUUAUGAAGAAAGAGUGCAAUGAAUCAGUAAAGGAGUGCAGCUUAGAGUCAGAAGGUCAUUCAGGAGGCAUACAAACUGAUAGGCCAGAGGAGGAGAGUGAGUGUAUAGUAUCAGCUAAAGGUGAGUUACCAUAUAAGGAGGAGGAAGGGACCCAGUCUCCAGUGGAUAAGGAAGACUCUAUUGUAAUGAAAGGACAGGAAGACCCCAGCAGUAGUGCAGAAACAACUAAUAAUAAUAAUAAUGAAGAGACGACUGGCAGUACUAAUGAGAGAGACUCUCAGCAAUGUCAACCAGAGCAGCUAAUGGAGGACAUAGACAUUGUACCAAUUCAACUCAUAGAGAACACUAGUAUCGAACCAUUGCUGGGUUCAGCUGAAGAACAAAAUACUCACCAGAAUAUAGGGAAAGCGACAUUGGAAGAUGGCCCAUCACUUGAUAAGGGAAACAUUACUGCUAGUGGUGAAGAUCAAGACAGCAUUCCUCAUACAUUAAAGGAAACAGAGGCAGUCAUUGAUGAUGAAGCAGCUUUGGAUAACAAAACAAGGAAACAGACACAGAGGAAAAGAAAGAGAACUGGUGCCAAAACGAAUCCUAAACCCAAGCCAGAUGAAGAAGAUGGUCUUGAACCUUCAUCAGAUCAGAAUGAAGAAAAGAAACCCGUUACUGCUGAUACUUAUGAUAUUGAAAUGGACUUCAUUACUCAAGAUGAUGAAAAUGUCAGCAGUUCAGACCAGGAAGACACCUAUUAUCCGGAUAAAGAAUUAACAACUUUCCCUAGAGACUAUCACCUCCGUGGCAGUGCGACCCCACCCACUGAUAGUCCUGUUGAAGCUAAGAGAGCAAAGAAAGGAAGGAAGUUUGGAAGAGCUGGGUCUUCUGAUGGAACAACCAGCAGGAAAAGGAAGCCUAGCGGAAAGCCGAAAUCAAGAAGUUUACCAUCAUCAGUCUCUGGUAACAGAGCCUCAUCAUCGGAGACUGUGCACAGCGGAGAAGGGAAGAGGAUAGGAAGGAAGAGGAGGGGGUUUGAACAUGAUGCCAUCAGAUGGAGCACCAGAAGAAUCCAUAAGAGACACUGCAGAGAGGUGGGUGAGAGAGAAGCCAUAUCAGGUAAUGGAGGGUCACCUGAUAGUGUGUUUAGUGGCAUUCAAUCACCUACUGAUAUUCCAUUACUGGGUGGACCCUCCUCUACUCAUGAUAAAGGUGGUCAGGCUGCACUUCAUAGUGUUGUGGCUAGGAAGAGAAUGAGAUCCUUCAGUCCUCAGAGCAACUCUGAGGAAUCAUGUCUCGUUGAAGACUCACAGUCAGUUUCUCAGCACACGAAAGGCAACAAAGAGAAACUGAUAGUUUCCAUAUCUCGUAAAAGCCUCCCAAUGUUCACUAGUUAUUACACCAUCAGGUGCCGUCCUUUUGUGAUAGGGGAUAUUGUCUGGGCCAGAGCUCCACAGCUUCCUUAUUGGCCAGGGAAGAUCAUAUCACAUAAAGACUGGAAGCAGCAUAAGCUAAAGCCUGCUCCUAAAGCUCAGGUGUGGGUGAAAUGGUUUGAUACAGAGGAAUCAGUUAGUUUGGUGGAUCACUCUAACAUUAGAGACAUCAGCGAGGGGCUUAGUUCAGUCUCCAAGAUGAAAAAGGAAAGAAAAAGAUUGAAAUUGGAGAAUGCCAUUGCCCUGGCCAUGAAAGAAUACAAUAAAAAGAAUAAUGAUUGAAUUUAUAAUGUUGAAAAUUAUUAGCCCAA